GCUGUGUGUUGAUGUUGCGUGACCGCUGCAGAGACAGAGCAGGGUACCGGGUAUGCUAGUAUUCAACGGAGAGUCUCGUAUUAUCGGACAGUUUGCAGAACGGCACAGUUGUUUAAGCGUGCAACCUUUUUUAUUUUUUGAAUGAGCACCUUUAUUUCUUUGACCGAAUAAACUGUCACGAUAGACGGGCGAUUUCGGUGCGGACUGGAACCAGUAUGUCUGGGCCGAAUGGAGAUCCCAGCGUCUCGCUCGAAGUGGACGGAGACGACGAAUUCAACGAAGAAGAGUUUGCGGCAAUCAACUCCAUGCUGGACCAAAUCAACUCCUGCCUCGACGACCUGGAGGAGCGCAAUGACAGCCUGAGCGCAAAGCUGAAGGAGCUGCUCGAGUCCAACCGUCAGGCCAGGCAGGAGUUCAGACAUCACCUAAACCAGGCAGCGAGCCCAGACGUCGAGCAGGCCGACUAGCGUCAAUGGAGACGUUCGAUUAUCUCUGAGGGUAGGAAGGAGGUUGGC